GUACGUGUAUGUGUGUGUGUUUCAACACGUAUCAGCUAUGUUCAGAGAGAUCAAAGGAGAGGAAGAACAAUGUUACUGCAAAUUCUUGAGUCCUGUGUUCGAUCAAGAAACCUGAUCCAAGGCAAGAUCAUCCACCAGCAGCUUCUGAAACGCUCACUUGAUCUGAACAACCCUACCGUGUUUGAGAGGUUAACAUGCCUCUACGCAUCAUGCAACGAAGUAGAAUUCGCUCGCCGUGUGUUCGAAGAAAUUCCUCAACCAAGACAGAAUCCUAUUACGUGGGACCUGAUGAUCAGAGCCUAUGCUUCGAAUGGUCACUCGGAAGAGGCACUGGAUUUGUACUACGACAUGCUCGAUUCCGGUGUUAGGCCCACUAAAUUUACCUACCCUUUUGCUCUGAAGGCAUGCGCAGGUCUGCGAGCCAUUGAAGAUGGUAAACUGAUCUAUAGUCAUGUGAAAGAUAGCAACUUUAGCGCCGAUUUGUACGUUUCUACUGCUCUGCUCGAUUUGUACGCCAAAUGUGGAGAAUUUGAUAUGGCAAUGAAGGUGUUUGAUGAAAUGCCGAAGAGAGAUGUGGUCGUGUGGAAUGCAAUGAUUUCCGGGUUUUCUUUGCAUGGGCGUUUUACUGAAGCCAUGAGAUUAUUUGUGGAUAUGCAGAGGAGUGGGUUCAGACCAAAUUUAUCCACCAUUGUUGGCCUAUAUCCUGCUCUAGGAGUGGCUGGUGCAUUUAGGGAAGGGAAAGCAGUUCAUGCGUAUUGUACAAGAAUGGGUUUUAGUGAUGAUUUAGCUGUUAGAACGGGGAUAUUAGAUAUGUAUGCCAAAAGCAAGUGUAUAAUAUAUGCGAGAAGGGUUUUUUAUUCAGACUAUCUAAAGAAUGAGGUGACAUGGUGUGCUAUGAUUGGAGGCUAUGUCGAAAAUGGAAUGAUGUCUGAAGCAAAGGGACUAUUCUUUGAGAUGUUGGUUGAUGCAGAUGUCUCAGUAAUGACACCAGUGGCUAUUGGGCUUAUUCUUAGGGGUUGUGCGGUUUUCGCAGAUCUGACUGGAGGGAGAUGCUUACACUGCUAUGCAAUUAAAACAGGCUUUAGCUUAGACUUGAUGGUAGGCAAUACUAUAGUUUCAUUUUACGCUAAGUGUGGAGUUCCAGGUGAUGCUGUUAGGUUUUUCGGUGAGAUUGUCUUGAAAGAUGUUGUUUCCUAUAAUGCUGUUAUCUCUGGGUGCAUGGAAAAUUGUCGGGCAGAGGAAAGUUUACUAUUUUUUCGCGAUAUGAAGUCAUCUGGAAUUCAGCCAAGUGUAGCAACGAUGCUUGGCGUUUUACCUGCUUGCUCUCACUUGGCUGUUUCCUUACAUGGUUCUUGUUGCCAUGGAUAUUGUACUGUUAAUGGUUUCACAGCUGAUACGGCCAUUUGUAAUGCUCUGGUUGAUAUGUACUCAAAAUGCGGAAAACCUCAUAUGGCCAGGAAGGUGUUUGAUGGGAUGCAUAAGAGGGAUAUAGUUUCAUGGAAUACGAUGAUGUUUGGAUAUGGGAUUCAUGGGCUUGGUGAAGAAGCUCUGUUUCUGUUCGAUAACUUGCGGGUCACUUCUGGUCUGAGCCCAGAUGACGUGACUUUCCUUGUUCUGUUGUCUGCUUGCAGUCAUUCAGGGCUUGUGGAUGAAGGGAAACACUUGUUCAGCUCCAUGACUCGAGAUUUCAACAUCGUUCCCCGGAUCGACCACUAUAUUUGCAUGACCGACCUUCUAGCCCGUGCUGGACACUUGUAUGAAGCCUAUGAUUUGGUCAACAUGAUGCCAUUUGUGCCUGACAAUCGUGUAUGGGGUGCCCUUCUUGCUGCUUGUAGGACGUACAGGAAUGUUGAACUCGGUAAUGAAGUGUCAAAGAAGGUGCAGAAUCUCGGACACGAAGGAACGGGAAGCUUCGUUCUUCUGUCCAACGCCUAUUCGGCUGCCGAGAGAUGGGAAGAUGCAGCGAAUAUCAGAAUGACCCAGAAGAAAAUAAGGCUUCACAAGACCCCGGGUUGCAGCUGGGUUGAUGUUUAUUGAAGGUGUUAUCCCCGUCUUUCUUGGCAGAAACCCAUAUUCAAACAGAGAGAUGAAAAUCAGACAUAGCUGACGAGGAGAAUGACAGAAGUCUUUCAGUUCAGGGCAGUGAGGCAAGAACUGGAAGUUUGCUCUUAUUCUUGCUGCAAACCUGAUCGGAUUUUGGCGUAAGUGUCUUGGAUCUGAGGCUAGUAAGAAGGUAACGCGAUUCUACUACAAUCUGUAUCCAUGAGUUGGUGAAGUGAAAAACUGUCCUUCCCGUCUCUUGGACUCGAUAAGCAUCAAGACAACUCUCCCAUCUAUGUUUAACCGUGCACGGAGUAUUACCGAUGAAAAUGUGUAUCUUCUUGUGUAAUUCCCGACCCGAUUCGCUAAAUCCCCUCCUUGAUCUAGUGGUUGAACUGACGGCGUUUUUCCCGAUGAGAACUGCGCCAUAACAAUAACAGUAGAUGUCAGACUUUUCUGUGUGAUGUUCAUGGUGUAUGCAUAUUCUGCAAAACAAGAACAAGUUUCAGGGUCUUGCCUAACUGAGUUCCUCUUUGAUGAAAAACGCAGAUCCGGAUUUGAUCGAGGGACGAAGCAACGUACCUGGGGGGCGAUGCAGCCAUAAGAGCCAAUAAUGGCGGGGGUUGAUUCGGAUUCGAAUCUUCGGAACUUC